AAAAAAGGGAGAAAAGCAAUGGUAAAAUAAGGUUAAAAAUGGUCUACCAUGAGGCAUACAAAUAUUUUAGUUUCCGGUUAGCAGGACAAGCUGCAAGGAAACAGCCACCGACCAUGAAAGCAGAGCCAAAGGGAAAGAACAACAGCUAGCAGGUGCAUUUUAUACCCUGCUCUAAUUAGGGGAGUGGUUGGGGGAGGAGUCAGGCCUUGAGCUGCAUUCAUAAGAACGACGCUACAUAGACAAACAUGCAAUUAUAAAUUCACACCAUUAUUAUUAAGAGGGCAUAUGUGGUCCUACAGGAGAAAAAAACAAACCACAUGAAAAACAUCAAGGAAGUAAUCCUCUAUCUAAUUGACUUUAUAAAAAAAGCAGUUCACAUUGACCUAUGAGAGCUCUAUUUUGAUGCUUCAAGUUUAGCAUUUUGGUAUCAUGCUUUUUUGGAGCUAGAAUUGACCAUAUCUGUAUAGAAGAAGGUAAAGGGGCUAGGUGCGAUGAUGCAAGGUACUGUUGGCCUAGCAAAUGCUAAGUCACCAGCUAAUGCUAUUGCUAUCCAGGUUAGCAAAGUGCAUCUGUAUUUGUUAACUUUAAUAUUCAUUGGGAUGCUAAUCUAUAUAUAGCAAACGGAACAUCGGUAUAAAACAGCUGACUGUGGUGUCUGAAACAGAGCGCUUAACCGGAGAAAAAGUUGUGGCAUACAGUAAAUGCCAGAUAUACCCCUUUAUGUCUGACUGUGUUUGGCCAGGACUCUCUGGGGUAAGAGAAUAUUGUUCUCGAUGAGACCUAUGGUCAAAUAAAAGUAACAUUUAAAAAAAUUACAACAUAAGGAAUAUCUGCCGCCCUUGGUCCAACCAUACCAAUCUUAAAACUUUGCAUUCAUUUUGAUCACAAUUCCCUUUUAUGGCCCCGCUCCUGGCCGAAUUUAGUGUUGCGACUUGUGUGACCCCAUUGCAAGGUAUUAUCAAGUUUUCUUAUAGACUUCUUUGACAAUCUUACUUUGUUUGCAAGCAUUAUAGUCACUUCCUGCUGGCCUUAAGAAAGAAUGGGGACUUCAGCAUUGGCUGUACUUUUCAGACCCAAUAAACUUGCCCCUCGGGUAAAUUCAGUGUAAACUGGGAAAGGUUUGGCUAUGUGCGUUUGCAUGUGUGUGUGUGUUUGUGUGUGUAUGGUGGAGGUCCACUGGCUCUUCCUCUUCUGAGCUCCACACCACAGACCACAGUCCACCAGCGAAUGAACAGCAUCUCUCUGCACGGCUUCACAAACCUUUUGCAGGAAGGAAAGAUGAAGCUCUUGGUAUGGCUUGGUGCGCUCCUCUGCCUCUUUGCCUGUCAUCUCAGUGAGGCCAGAGUCAUCCCUGAAGGAGUGCCAUAUGAAGAACCACCAGCCAUUCCCUACUGGCCCUACUCCACCUCUGACUUCUGGAACUACAUUGAAUACUUCAGAUCUAUCGGCGCCUACAACCACAUCAACGAAAUGGCCCGGGCCUUCUUUGCCCACCAGCACCUCGGAGACACCCUGGGAUAUGAGACCAAUGAGGGCCAUGAACACUGAGCUGAAACAACAGGAUUUGGAGGAAGGGGGCAGAAAGGGGACUCUGGAGAUAUCCUAAGUUAAUAGUAACAGACGUCAGAGAAGGAGAAUUAGUAAUAUUGCCAAAUUAACAAUUAAAUGAAGUGAAUAGUUAAUUGUUUUUCUCAAGUAUAUCACUCUUGAUAGUGUAGACAAGAAAUAAUCCAAGUGUAGAGUAUAGAUCUUUUGUAGCAGUGUAUGUUAUCUUUAUAAUGAAUACAAAAUUAAUUAAACUGUUCAAAUACGUAAUGAUGUCUAUUAAAUGAUUUAUAAAGUUA